AUGGAAUCCUCCAGCGGAUCGAACUUUGGAAUAGACACUAUUUUAUCCAACGCUACUAAUUCAGUUAACACUGCGCUAAUGAACGGAGAUUUCCGCCUCGGUGACAGCAGGACAGCGGAUUUCAGCCGGAGCCAGGCCACCCCGUCACCUUCAUGUUCGGACAUAGACACGGUGGGAACGGCCCCCUCUUCCCCCAUCUCGGUCACCAUGGAGCACGCCGAGCCGCAUCUGCUCCAAGACAGCCUACCGCACCACCACCACCACCACAACCAACCAGGGCGUUUGCAGCUAUCGCCCCAACCGCAGCAGCUAGGGGCCGGGGCCGGGGCCGGCUGUGCCCCCAGGACUGCCACCUCUUCGUUUUUAAUCAAAGACAUUUUAGGCGACAGCAAACCCCUGGCAGCGUGCGCACCUUACAGCACCAGCGUACCGUCACCCCAUCACACCCCCAAACCAGAGAAUGCCAGGGACGGUGGGGACGGCUUCAGGCCGAAGUUGGAACAAGAUGAAAACAGGAGCAAGUUGGACAAAAGAGACGAUAUGGAAAUGAAAUGCAACGGUAAGCGAAUAUUUAGGUUACACUUAGGCCUAUAUAGAAAUGUUUUGUAUGCUUUUUUAUGGUUUAGUUAUUGGAUGACAUAAGUGAGGUUUUCAGUGUACCUAAAAACGUGCUUUUUAUUGGGUAGGCUGUCAUAGUAGGCUAAUGUUGUGCAAAAUACAUACAAACCUCACAUACAAAGCCUAUUUGUGUUGAAUUGUCUUUGCCUAAAAAAGUUGAUAGUAGCCUAGCCUACAUAAAUAUUUUAUUGGAAGAUAACCAUUAAAUUGAAUAGGCCAAUUGCGCCAAUAUGCCUAAUAGUUCAACAGUAAUAGUAACAAGAAGAAGAAUACUUUUAUUUGUAAUAUAUAUUUUACGCACAUGGAAAUUCAAAGUCACAUUAUAAUGCUAUUUAGUAGGCUUUUUAGGUUGGUAUAAUUAUUUUAAAGCUAAAACACAGUGUACAAUAUAGGCUAACUGCCUUGAAUGUAGACCACGUUGUGUAUAUCUUUCAAAGGCUGUCUUAUUAGACAAUGAUAUUAAAGGGUUGAUUUUCAGUUGCCCUUUUUUAUUAGCAUAACAGAAUCGAAAACAGAUGUAAGGCUGGCGCGAGAUGUUCCCGGUGCGCUAGCCUCCCUUGUGUGUCAAUUAGAGAGAUUAUUGUUCUUCCUAGAGGGCGGAUCACGAGCACUGCAGAAACUGCUACAAAUAGAGAUGGAUUGACAUAUCGAUUUCCCAGUUUUACUGCUAAAAACUUAAGUUGACAAAUACAGUCCGGAUUUCUUAUUGGCCGUAGAUUAUUUUUUUUUGCUGGCUGUCUGACAAAUGAAGUGCUUCAGUUUCAACUCGAUUGCUCAGCUUUAUAAAAUAGUAUUGUAAGAGGUUCAAAGUUUUAAACCAACUGUUUAUUUCAAUUGAUUUCAAUUUUUCAUACAUAUUUUGACCUUAUUUUGGCUCAGAACUAAUAGGACAUUUAUUUGUUGCUAAUUUAUUUUCAUUGACCCAUUGAACCAUAAAGGCUUAAAUUAGGCCUAUAUAAAAACUGAAAUUAUUAUCCACUUAUUCUUUUUCCCAUUCAGGAACAAAAGAAGAGCAUGAACGGGAAAUUUCAAGUAGCAGAGAUAGUCCUCAAUCACGGUCAAAAAAACCUCGUAAAGCACGGACGGCCUUUUCAGACCAUCAACUCAACCAACUCGAGCGAAGCUUCGAGCGCCAAAAAUACCUCAGUGUGCAGGAUCGCAUGGACCUCGCGGCAGCACUCAACCUGACCGACACACAGGUGAAAACCUGGUACCAAAACCGACGGUAUGUCACACCUAUUAUAGAACAUCAUUAUCUUCACAAUGUUUUUGUUUUUUAAUCAUCUCUAUUAUUAUUAGGCUAUUAUUAUUAGUUUAUGUUUUUAUUAUUACACUCGUUUUAUUGGUGGUGAUGUUAUUUACAUGAAUAUAGCCUACUAAUAUUAAUGUUAUACCAUUUUAAUAAUUGUAGUAAUGUAAGCCUAUAAUAAUACUAUAUAAGGUGGAUGCAUGUGCUGUCUUUUACUUAAUUUCGUUAGACUGGAAUAUAAUUAAUAGGAGUUGGCCUGUGGUUGAUGUGCAGUUAAGUGUAUUUUUUUGUAUUAGGCUUUUGUUGUCUUUAAAUGCAGGCCCAUAACGUGCAUGGAUUUCAGACAAUUAGGACUACUGAACAGAUAGAAUCGAAUAGAAUAGAAUACAGUACAAUAGAAUAACUUUAGAACAGAUCAAGAGGAAUAGUUAAACAGGUCUAAUCAAAAUGGUUGCCAUGGACCCAGACACAUAAGGAUAUUUAUUUACAAGAUUAACCCACACAGUUUUAUUACAUGGUAUUGGUUAUUGAAAUACACAUCAAUCUUGGGUUAUAAAAGUCUGUCUGAACAAUCGCUACAUGAUGUUGACAAUGCACAAUUUGCCUCUCCGGCAUCAUUGUUAAGAAUCCCCAAAUGUCAGCCAAGAUUAGUGUUAACAGCGCCGGCGCCGACAUAGUAGCCAAAAAAAUACAGACACAACCCAAUAUAAUGACAAAAUAUGGUAUGACUGCAAUCAUUUUAAAAUCCUGCAGUUUUCUUUCUCCUUCAAUAUAGCCAAUAUUAAUACAACGCCUACGUUUUUAUAAAUUAUUGUAUAGGCCUAAAUAGGCUAUAGCCUACCAUCUUAAAGUUAGCCUGCCAAUGUUUACAGUGCACUUGGUGAGGCCUAGCGAGAAGGAUCAAGUGAGGGAGUAAUGAUCUGAAAUUAAUCUAUAAUCUUAUCAACUAAAUAUAGGCACUGCACUGUGCACUUGAAGUAGCCUAACUUUUCUUGGAUGUGUCCUUUCCUAGGCUAAUUAAAGGCAUAACCACCGAUUCAUGCUGCAAAUAAUUAGACCUCACCAAUUAAGGGUCCGUUUGGGGAAUUCUCAGAGUCUGAACCAGUUAAAUAAUUGAUUUGUUGUAUUUUGAUCUGAUUUCAGGACCAAGUGGAAAAGACAGACAGCGGUCGGAUUAGAGCUACUGGCUGAAGCCGGAAAUUAUUCCGCCUUACAAAGAAUGUUCCCGUCGCCCUAUUUCUACCACCCGAGCUUGUUGGGCACAAUGGACAGCACAACAGCAGCCGCCGCGGCCGCAGCAAUGUACAGCAGUAUGUACCGGACUCCGCAGCAACCACAUCCCGGUCUCCAGAGGCCUCUUGUCCCGAGAGUACUCAUCCAUGGCCUUGGGCCGGGGGGCCAACCGGCAUUGAACCCGCUGGGUAACCCCAUGCCCGGCACGCAGCAUCAGCGGUAGAAACAACAACAAGACGAUUCCAUAAAAACAGUUUUAACCUGGUCCACAUGUGAUGUGACUAACUGCGCUGAACGAACGAUGAAAAAUACAUUUGAAAAAGACAAUAUAUAAAAGACAACUUUACAGAAGAAGUAAAAGGAGGUAAUAUUGAAUAUGACGGAGAGCCAGUAUUGACGUAGGCCUAACCACGAACUGUCUGCAGCAUCGAGUCGAGGCCAUGACAGAAAAAGGACUGUUCAUAUGUCUGAUUGAAUGUUUGUUAGUUUUUUUUGUACAAAUACACUUAUACUAGCGAAUAAACUUAUAAAGUUUAUUAGAUGGAGAGAAAGGGUUGAAUAAAG